AUGACCCGACAAUUCCAAUCAAACCUCCGGGUCUCCAUGUCGAGCCUCCGCUCUCAAUUGCCCAUCACGCAAGCUGAGCCCCAUUAUCAACCUCAAUCCACAGAAGAGACCAGAAGACGUGAAGACUCUCCACCCUCCUCCAUCUCCCCGGAGUCCUACGCUCAGCCUUUUUGCGAUUUCAUGACCUCCAAUCCCACCAUCUUCCAUGCCGUCGCCAGCUUCUGCUCCCAGCUCGAAGCCCAUGGCUUCAAGGCCUUGUCGGAACGUGACGUCUGGUCGUCUACGCUCAAGCCCGGCGGGAAAUACUUCUGCACUCGCAAUGGCAGCUCUUUAGUUGCCUUCACCAUCGGAUCAGACUACAAGCCUGGUAACGGGUUUGCAAUUGUCGGGGGACACGCGGAUGCCCUGUGCGCGAAACUGAAGCCGGUUUCCAAAUUGCAAACCAAGGCUGGGUAUGUGCAGUUAGGCGUUGCUCCUUAUGCUGGCUCAUUGAGCUCUACGUGGUGGGAUCGUGACUUGGGUAUUGGCGGACGGGUGCUGGUUCGCGAUCUGGAUACAGGUACCAUUGAAUCAAAGCUAGUAAAACUGGAUUGGGCCAUUGCGAGGAUCCCAAGUCUCGCGGUGCAUUUUGGACCACAGUCUCGAGGACCAUUUAACAAGGAGACGCAGAUGGUGCCGAUUAUUGCUCUGGACAAUUCGGAUCUUUUCGAGAAUCAAGAGACUGCUGUCAAGGAAGAUAUAGAGAUUAAGCAAGGUACAUAUGCCGCUACCCAGCCACCCAGAUUGGUCAAGGUUAUUGCGGAGCAGCUGGGUGUUUCUGAUUUGAGUACCAUUGUCAACUGGGAGCUUGAGCUGUUUGAUAUCCAACCUGCUCAGAUUGGUGGCUUGGAUAAGGAGUUCAUCUUUGCAGGGCGUAUUGAUGAUAAGCUUUGCUGCUACAGUGCGCAAGAAGCCCUCUUGGCAUCGUCCGACAACAUGUCUACUGGUGUUGUCAAGAUGGUAGGCAUGUUUGAUUCAGAGGAAAUCGGCAGUCUGCUUCGGCAGGGCGCCCGUUCGAACUUCAUGAGCAGCAUCAUAGAGCGGAUUGUAGAGACCUUCUCACCAUCGUACGGUCCCAACAUUCUUUCGCAAACAGUUGCAAACAGCUUUUUCUUAUCUUCUGAUGUUACCCACGCUGUGAACCCCAAUUUCCUCAACGUCUACAUGGAAGGCCACUCUCCAAGAUUGAACGUCGGUGUAGCUGUUUCCGCGGAUCCCAACGGACACAUGGCUACAGACAGCAUUAGCGCAGCUAUCUUACAACGUGUUGCAGAAAAAUGCGGUUCUGCACUUCAGAUUUUCCAGAUUCGCAACGAUGGCGUAAGUGGCGGAACUAUUGGUCCGAUGACUAGUGCUCGGAUUGGGAUGAGAGCGAUUGAUGCUGGUAUUGUUCAGCUGAGCAUGCAUAGCAUCCGUGCGAUGACUGGUAACAUGGAUCCUGGUUUGGGGGUUAAGCUGUUUAAAGGAUUUUUUGAUUAUUUUGAGGAAGUGGAUCACGAAUUCCGAGGUUGUUAG